AACUAUCUACAUUAUUUUCUCAUCUCAUGAUAAUAAAUUUGCAACUUCCUUCAAUAAACAGACAACUGGAAGACAUGAUUAGACAAGCUGAAGCCAUCAAAAAUAUUAAUUUAAUUGAGAUACCUACAGAGCCAACAUCACACAAUAACCUUUUAAAUUUUGAACCAAAUAAGAAAUUAGAUAAUCAAUGGCAGCCUAAUAAAUUUAAGAGAACAAGAAAAGGAAAUAGGAAAAAGGAAAUAAAAUCAUAUCAAUAUCCUGCACAAAACCAAAAAGAGGAGAUAGUUCUGAAAUUGUCUCAGCAACAUGUUGAUCUAAUUCAUGAUAAGCAAAAUACAAGAGUAUGCGAUAACAUUGAACCAAGUGAUUUCACUAACACUCUCAUUACGCAUGGCGCUCACCAACUAUCUUUUAUUUCCCUUUUAACAUUAGAAAACAUUAUACCAUCUGACGUUUUGUUUAAUUUAAAAAAAAGCACUCCAAGUUUUCAAAAAGGCUGGCUUCAAGAUGAAGUAAUAGGAGGUUUUCUGCAUUGCUUAGGAAAAAGGUACCCUUUAAUUAAAUAUUUAGGUCCAACUGAAGCAUUAGCUUUCAGCUGUUCAAGAAGUUUAAGGCUUUUAUGGAAAGAUGUUGAUACUAAAGUUAUAGAACAAGUUUUUAUUCAUUUUAACCCAACUAAUUCUCAUUGGAUUUUAAUACAUCUAAAAGUUAUAACAAAAGAAGUAACUCUACUUGAUCCACUCCAUUGCAUUAUUAUGCCAAAUAAUUUAUCACACAAUAAAUCCAUUGCUGUUGCUAAAGACCUUUUUAGACUAAAAUUUAACAUUUUAAACCCAACUGUUAUUUCAGCCCCAAGUCAUUGUUUACAGAAGGAUAGUUACAACUGCGGUGUUUACGUAUGCUAUUAUGCAUUACAUCUUUGUGAAGAUUUGCAAGAACACAUCCUUUGAGAAGAACUAUUGGGUGCAAUGCACAAAAUGUCCACAGUGG